GACCACUACUAUAAACAUACCAGGAGUCCCAAGGAGAGAAGAAGACUACGGCGUUAUCCACGGCCAAGUUGGAGAACUUUUCUGCUUGUUUUCUACGCGUUUUGCACUCGAGAAAAACUCCUGAAAACGCUCCGAAAACAUGGAGUUGAAAGAGGUUUUGGGCUGAGUUUGCGUUUCCCUCUGCGAGUUUUUUUUUUGUUCUAAAAAAGCUGCGCUCAUUUAAUUAAAGAGUCUCGAGAUAUUUAUUAUCAUCAUUGGAGCCUGAACGCAACCUCAGAAAAAAAACAAACAACUUAUAUGAGGAUUAUCGAUUUGUUUUGAGCGUCAUCGUCGUCGAGCAAAACGAGUUUUCUUUCUUUUUUUUUUUUUUUUUUUCAUCCAACAAGGAGCAGAAAUCGGCAUGUAGCGCAGGAUCAAGGAACCCAUUCAUCCUGGUCCUCCUCGUCGUCCCCCUCCUCUAAUUCGGACAUCUUUGGGAAUGGGCCAGCGCCUUGCCAGGGUGCAUCUCUCCACCCGGUGGUGUGGCAGGCGUCGUGCGAGAGUGAGGAGGGCAGCGUCCAGGUCAUAGAGCCCGCCCACCCCUCUCCUGUCUCUCUCCGCUCGCUUGCUCCCAAGUGACUUUUGACCUUUGACUGUGCUGUGACCCCGUCGCGACCUCCCGCCAGCCAUGCCCUUCCGCCUGAAGCUGCGGCGCACGCGACGCUACAACGUCCUGAGCAAGAACUACUUUGUGACACGGAUACGCCUGCUGGACAACAAUGUGAUCGAAUGCACUCUGUCGGUGGAGAGUACGGGACAGGAAUGUCUGGAGGCGGUGGCCCAGAGGCUGGAGCUCCGGGAGACCCAUUACUUCGGGCUGUGGUUCCAGGGAAAGACCCAGGCUCCGGCUCAGCGUUGGGUGGAGCUGGAGAAGCCCCUCAAGAAGCAACUGGACAAGUUUGGCAAUGAACCACUGCUGUUCUUCGGGGUUAUGUUCUAUGUGCCCAAUGUUUCACGGCUGGAGCAAGAAGUCACCAGGUAUCAGUAUUACCUGCAGGUGAAGAAGGAGGUGUUGGAUGGACGUCUCCACUGCACAGUAGAACAGGGCAUCCGACUAGCUGGCCUAGCAGUACAAGCUGACUUUGGAGACUACACUCAGUUCAUGUCUCAGGACUUCCUCAGGGAAUACGUGCUCUUCCCAGUGAACUGGCCAAAUGGAGAUGAAGUUCUGGAGGAAUGGACUCAAAGAGUGGCCGAGGAGCACAAGACUCACUGUCGAAUGCAGAUCGCUGACGCAGAGCUGUCGUACAUCAAGGAGGUGGAGAAACUGGACGGCUUUGGACAGGAGAGUUUUGCUGCUAAGGACAACUACACCAAUGAUAUUUUUAUUGGUGUGUCCUUUAUCGGAGUGUUUGUCAAACACCGAAAUGGCAGAUCUAUCAUGCUUCACAGAUGGAAGGACAUUGGUACCAUCGCACACAACAAGUCAGCCAUCACAGUGGAGAUAACAAGUAGAGACGACACCAUCAUUUUUCACAUGGAGGAUAUGGAAAUGGCCAAGUACAUCGCUCGCCUGUUCACGGCCAGACACAAAUUCUACAAACAGAACAAGAUCUGUGCAGAGCCGACUCAUUCACCUGCACCAAUCAGGAGGCGAUCCACCUGGACUCACCGCCUUUCUCUGCCACGGCCCCAGUCCUGCAAUUUCCAGUCAAUGCGUUCUCAGUACGGCGAGCAUUAUCAGGACACACAGAGCUCUCAAGACAGUAUCUUCCCUGACGACCCCUACUAUAAAUCAGAGACCAGUCUGGACCGGUGCCUGGUGGACUUUCCCUACCGUAAUGGUACCGUGCCCAAUGGAAGCAUGUACAGCAGCCCCAGCCUGAGCUCCCUCAAUCAUUCCCAGACGUUUGUCCCGCCCUCGCCCAUGUCCUCCAACCUCAGCAUCCCGGGGAGUGAGCUCAUGCGUCCCGACUACAUCCCCAGCCACCGCCACAGCGCCAUCAUCGCUCCGUCGUACAGACCCACGCCUGAGUACGACACCGUCAUGCUGCAGAAGCGACGCAUGCUCCCUGCUCACCACGACCUCCACAGCCAAUCCCUGCGCAGUCUGAACAUCAGUAAUGCGUGUGCUUACCGCCAACCUGAGGCUCUGGUGUACAGCCAACCCGAGAUGAGGGAGAGGGGCCCCUAUCACGGCUUGGGGCCCAGUCCUGGACCUUAUACACCACAGGUAGAGAUCAGCUACAGUAAACCAGUGUCCCAUGGCCCCCACCAGGGAGGACCAGCCAGCACCCAAGGCCCCUCCCAGUCAGUCUGCAUUAAUGGAGUCGGAGGCAGUGGAGGAGGUGGAGGUGUAGGAAGCUCCAUUUCUCACACUGUCAGUACUCCUGAGCUGGCAAACACCAAACAAGGGCCCAACGCAGGGAGCUACGCUGCUACAGCAAACAUGCUACGAAACCACAUGUCACGUCCUCCCCCGCCUUACCCUUCCAACUCUUUCCGCCCAGCCACGAGCACGCCCGACCUGGCCAGUCACAGACACCGCUGCAUCGGAGGCAGCAGCCCGGAGCUGGUGACCCGGAUGGUGCAGCUGUCAGUCAAGACCUUCCAACCGGACAGUUCUGCUGUGGUGCACCAGUCGCUGCAGGAGGCCAGCGAACCUUUAACGGCGGCUGCUAAACACCGUUCCACCCUGGGCAAAAGGCACAGCAUGGAGGUGAUCAGCAGCAUGAGAGGAGGUGGAGGAGGAGGAGGUGGUGGAGGAGGAGGAGGGAUGGAAGGCUUGGUGAUGAAGAGCAUGAAUGCGCCCCUUCAUCGGAGAAAUACUCUGAGGGAGCAUGUGAUGCCCCCUCAGCCUCAGACUAUCCCACAGCCCCCCCAACAGACUCCUCAGCCACAGCCACAGCCCCAGCCUCCACCUGCACCUCCACCCCAGCAGCCGAAGGAGCUACCAAUGCAGAUCCCCGCCCAGAAAGCACCCGAGGCACCCGCAGCCCCUUCUGGACCAGUUGCCUACCAGCACCAAAAGACUCUCUCUAAUGCCACCAUGCUGAUCCACAGCAGCGAGAGUGAAGAAGAGGAGGAAGAGGAGGAGCGUCCUGAGCUGGACGUUCAGAUCCCUGGUCUCAAUGAGGACAUCAGCAUCAGCGCGCAGCUCCAGGCAGCUCUGGCUAAACUACCCAACAAACCCCCUCCCGAGUACCCCGGUCCCCCUAGACCUCCUAGUAGCGCUCAAAUUCGCACCCACACCCACAAUCAUAACCACACCCAACACCACAACCACAAUCAAGGACCGCAAAGCAACCAGGGACCCAUGGACCCAAACCAAGCACAGGCCCGAGCGCUAAAAACUGACAGCCAGUGUGGUGGUGGGCCUAAUGGUGGGGGUAGUGGGGGUAGUGGUGGUGGUGGUGGUGGUGGUGGUGGUGCAGGGGCUGGUGGGACACUGACACGUGGGGACCAGGGUGGGGUGAACGGAGCUGUUUUAGGUCCAUCCAUUUCAGAACCGGAUCUGACCAGCGUGAAGGAGAGAGUGAGGAAGGAGCCGGUCAAAGAGAGGCCGGUGUCGGAGAUGUUCUCGUUAGAGGACAGCAUCGUGGAGAGGGAAAUCGCUCAGAGGACGCUGGAGAGGCAGAAGAUGUCCGUGGACUCCAUGAAGAGACCGCUGAUGAUGGCCGCCCUCAACGGCCUCUGCGUGGCCCGGAUGCCGGUUCCAGAAAACCCUGCAGAGGAAGGCGCCAAGUCUGCAACAGAUGAACGGUGUAAGACCUUGGAACUGAAGCUGGAAGAGGAGCAGGUCUUCACUGAAUAUGAACAAGUGCCCAAGAAGAGGAUGGACUGUGUUCUCACCACGGCAACUCUGCCUGAAAACGCAGAGCGCAACCGUUUUCGCGACGUUGUUCCGUACGAAGAGAAUCGAGUUGAGCUCGUUCCGAACAAAGAGAACAACGCGGGCUACAUCAACGCCUCACACAUAAAGAUGGUGAUCAGAGGGGAAGAGUGGCACUACAUCGCCACCCAAGGCCCACUCGCCAACACCUGUGCCGACUUCUGGCAGAUGGUCUGGGAGCAGGGGGUCAACGUCAUCGCCAUGGUUACUGCUGAGGAGGAGGGUGGUCGCUCUAAGAGUCAUCGCUACUGGCCCAAACUGGGCUCUAAACACAACUCAGCCACUCAUGGCAAGUUCAAGGUGACCACCAAAUUCCGUACCGACUCGGGCUGCUAUGCCACCACAGGGUUAAAGGUCAAACACUUACUGUCUGGCCAGGAGAGGACGGUCUGGCACCUGCAGUACACUGACUGGCCUGAGCAGGGCUGUCCUGAGUAUGUCCAGGGAUUCCUAGCCUACCUAGAGGAGAUCCAGUCUGUAAGGAGACACACUAACUCCAUGCUGGACACCUCGAAGAGCCUCAAUCCUCCUGUGGUGGUCCACUGUAGUGCCGGGGUGGGUCGCACCGGAGUGGUCAUCCUCACCGAGCUCAUGAUCAGCUGCCUGGAGCACAAUGAGCCGGUGGAGGUUCCCACUAUGCUGUCCAAGCUGAGGCAGCAGAGGAUGCUGAUGGUGCAGACUAUCCCCCAGUACAAGUUCGUCUACCAGGUCCUCAUCCAUUUCCUUAAGAACUCGCGCCUCAUCUAACCUCUGGCUCCUGACCUUCAACCUUCAUUCAAUAUGGAAAAUGGCAACAAGUGACGACUACGGUACUUUAAGAAGAAGAAGGGGGCUGUGCAGCAGAUGAAGCUGAUAACUGGGUGAUUACAGUUAGAAAUUACUCUAAUCAAGGGAGGAAAGGAUUUGAGCAUGACUGUAUGGAAAUUAACAACCAUUUUCCUCGUUUAAUGUUCAGAUUUAGUUGUUUUUUCCCUUGGACGUUCAUCAUGGUCCUUCUGCGUGUUUACUCUUUUCCCCAUGCAGGUCAGGUGAAUAAGCAGCUUGUUUUUGCCCAUAGGCAUGAAUGUCUGUCUGUCUAUGUGUUUCUUUGAGGUUUCUUGAAAAUAUUCAGAAGAAACCAGGUCUCAGUUUCAGUUUGGAUAGAUUGUCUACCUGCUACUAUUCUCAUUUCUCAGUCAGCCGGGAUUAGAAAAGGCACUAUGCUGCAUGAACAGUAGGUGGCAGCAGUAUUAUUAUUAUUAUAUUUUACUAGAUGCACACUCUGAAAGAGUUGCCAAACAAAAGUAUUAAAUCACUGUUCUAAAAAUGCCAUUUAUUUUUUAUCAGAGUAUUGAUUAAUACAGCAAAUAUUUACUUCGACAUUGUGACAAAUGUUUUUAUUUAUUUCUCUCAAGAUUGUUGUCACCUUUUCAUUGAAUGCAACAUUGAUGAGCAUGUUUAUCUAGACCCUGUCAGUUUUUCCACCUUGUGACUAUGUCUUAAUUUUUCCUUUUUUUUUAAUGUCAGGCCUUCCUUGUACUGUAAAUGUAAUGAGGAUCGCUUCAAUUUUCCUUGUGAAAACACAUACACACCAACAUAUGCACACAAAUCCACACGCAAAAUACUCUUAAACAAUCAUUUCUUUUCAGAAUCACACAUUUUUGUGUUCAGAUGUUUCACUUCUUACACCAAAAAACAUUUCAGAUUCAUAUAUGUCCAUUAAUUUGGAAAUAUUUUGUUACAGCUACAAUUACAAUUACAAUUUCGCUGUUUACAUGUGCAGUUAAUAGAGAAGCGCUCUUAUACAGUGAAUACUGUAUAUACUGUAUUAUUGUGCCUUAGUGAAGCAUGAAUCAAAGAAUCUGCCUGGCUGCGACCCUUACCUUUUAUUUAGGGUUCGGGUUAUGUAGAGUCUGGUUGAACUAAAUUAAAUUUUUACCUCCAAAGAUUAAAUCUUUAAAUCAGUAUUUUAUUGUCCAUGCUAUAAGAUCAACUGAAAUGUUUCAGACCGUGUACUUAUCUCUAAGGUUAGGAUAUGGCUGACGAAAAUGCUGAUGUUCUGGUUUGGUUUUUGAAGGAUAAUAAUAUAAAACUGCCUUUGGUUUAAAAAAAAAAAAAAAAAAAAA